GUUUGCUCUCGCCUCGCAAGGUGACCGACAUCUGAUGCUGUUCUUACUAUGUGCCGCUCAUCAGGACUGACAGUCCAUCACUUCGAACGCACUGCGAGAAGGCGGCCCUUCUUCGAACCUAUGAGUCACUUGAGAAGUGGAUCGUUGAGCAAGCGACAUACGCCUCUUCUUUCCUUUUCCUUUUUUUCUGGUUCUCCUGCGUGCGUGCUUGGCGAUAGGCGCUGGACUCACAACACAGAAUGGGUAAGUGGAUGCAGGUACGGAGUACAUGGCCACGCCGCCGAGAGGCCGACACUGGCCUGAAAUAUGCCUAAAAACAACCUUAUACAAGUUGCUAUCGAGUAAGUAGAACCCAAGGCUUCAGCUCGUUAUGCCGGUUAUCGCAGGCCGGCCGCGUGAGCUUGUCCACUGUGCAGUCUGGACCACGCACUCGCACCGUCGGAGUUCCCCGUCAUUUCAAUCCAAAACUUCUCCAGCUUCUUCUCAACGCGGCCGAUCAGGAGCUACUGGCACCUGUCGUCCACCAAAGGUGAAAUGGCUUAUAAUGUCUCUCAGUCUUGUUUCAUACUCUUUCAUGAUGUCCACGAAAGACGGGCUCUGGGCACGAUCACGUAGGGCAAGAAUGUCAGCCAGCUCGUACUUUCCACCGGUUUUGCCCCGUUUGUGUUGGUUAUGCCUUGUUAAGCAGAAUCACGAUCAGUUGGUCAACAAGAUCUCCGGCUGCGAAUCUACAGCAGAUGGAAGGACAAACUCGGCGUAAAUCUGCCGUCGUGCAUGCUGUACCUGUGCUUUCCACAAAGACCAGAACAAUAAAUCCUCGCUGAGAACAAAGCGCGAUACUUCUGAUGCAAGUCAGGACUCCGUCCACGUCGCAGCACAUC